AUGGAAGAGAAUUUGGUGAAGAGGUUGGAAGCCGCGGUGGCUCGCCUGGAGGCGCUCUCUGCUGGGGGAAUCGCGCGGAGCUUCCCGGCGGAGGACGGCGGCGAUUCGUUCGCGGCGGAUCCGUCGAUCGUGGCGUUCGACGAUCUGAUUUCCCAGCACGUCAAUCGAGUCACGAGCGCCGCGGAGAAGAUCGGGGGACAGGUUCUGGACGUGUCUAAGGUCAUCGCUGAAGCUUUUGAUGUGCAGAAGGAGCUUCUGAUCAAAAUCAAGCAAACUCAGAAACCUGAUAAUCCAGGUUUGGUGGAAUUUCUUAAGCCGUUGAAUGAUGUGAUGGCAAAAGCUUCUGCGUUGGCUGAGGGAAGACGAACAGAUUAUUUUCUUCACGUAAAGACUGGUGCAGAUAGUUUGGCUGCUUUGGCAUGGAUUGCUUUCUCGGGGAAAGGCUGUGGUAUGAGCAUGCCCACUGCACAUGUGGAGGAAAGUUGGCAGAUGGCGGAGUUUUACUGUAACAAGAUUCUUGUGGAGUAUAGAAACAAAGAUGCAAAUCACGUCGAGUGGGCAAGGUCUCUAAAAGAGCUCUAUCUACCUGGCUUGAGGGACUACGUGAAGAGUCACUAUCCGCUGGGCCCUGUGUGGAAUGCCACGGGCAAAAUAGCAGGAUCUACCCAAGCAGUCACAGAUCCCACUCCCAAAGCUGCUCCCGGUGCCCCCGCCCCUCCACCCCCACCAGCAGCUUCACUCUUUAGCUCUGAAACAAAUCAGCCUUCAUCAUCACGGCCCAGGGAAGGCAUGUCUGCUGUCUUCCAGGAAAUUAGCUCUGGAAAACCGGUUACUGCUGGAUUGAGGAAAGUCACGGAUGAUAUGAAGACCAAGAACCGUGCAGACAGAUCUGGCAUGGUUACUGUUUCUGAGAAGGAAAGUCGUACUAAUUCACCUGCUUUCUCUAAGACAGGUCCACCAAAAUUGGAGCUUCAGAUGGGUCGUAAAUGGGUGGUUGAGAACCAAAUUGGACGAAACAAUUUAGUCAUCGAUGAUUGUGAUGCUAAACAGUCGGUGUACAUCUAUGGAUGCAAAAAUUCAGUUCUCCAGAUCCAUGGCAAGGUAAACAACAUUACGGUUGACAAGUGCACUAAGAUGGGUCUCGUGUUUAAGGAUGUUGUGGCAGCUUGUGAGAUUGUCAAUUCUAGUGGCGUGGAGGUGCAAUGUCAGGGCUCGGCUCCAACAAUUUCAAUAGACAAUACAUCAGGCUGCCAACUAUACUUGAGCAAAGAUGCCUUGGAGGCUUCUAUUACAACUGCAAAGUCAAGUGAAAUCAAUGUCUUGGUACCUGGUUCCAAACCAGAUGAUGAUUGGGUUGAGCAAGCUUUGCCACAACAGUAUGUCCAUGUAUACAAGGAUGGCCAAUUUGUGACGAGCCCCGUGUCUCACUCUGGCGCCUAG